AUGAUACUACAGACACUGCAGGACCUGGAGUCCAGUAAUGCUGCUAUAGUGACUGCCAUAAACCUCAGAGUGACGCACAACAGCAACCUGACAGCAUUGGAUGAAGAACUCCAAGAGCGGCGCAAGGAACUUUUGAUUUACUACAAUGGAUCUGUGAGGAAGGUUGAGGCGCUGUCGGAAAAAAAUACACAACACCUCUCAUUAAGGAGUGAAUGGGUUGCAAAGAUCAAGGAGAGUAUACUUUCUUUUGCUACAAUAACCGACGCCAUUGGGUGCGAUCAACUCCGUUACAUUAAAAAUGUGGAUUUCUUAGGCGCGGGAUACACCAAGACUGUGGUAAAAGGCGUUUUACCGAAAGGAUUUCCGGUUGCUCUUAAAUCUGUGAACGAGAAAGGGAGUGACAUGCGAAGAUGUAUCGAGGACUUUAAAGACUUGGAAGGCUGUCGCGAACUUGUGUCUUGCAAAUUGAUUAAGGAAAUACUCUUGCUACAGCAUCUACGACAUCCAAAUAUUAUCAAGCUUCAGGGGCACUGCCUGUGGAGCCAGCAGGCUGGGGGAGUCACAGCUGGGGGAGUCACAGCUGCCUUUGAGCAAGGGUCCCCUCUUCAGAUGAUCCAGCUUCUGCAGAGCCCCUGGGAGGAACGUUUUCGGGUGUGUUUAGGUCUAGUGAGGCUACUCCACUACCUUUCCCGGUCCCCGCUGGGUUCUGUGGCACUACUGGACUUUCAUCCCCGCCAAUUUGUCCUGGUGGCUGGGGAGCUGAAGCUGACGGACCUGGAUGAUGCCAGCAUACAGGUGCCGAAGUGCCAGACUGAGACAGACUGUGUCCUGCACUUUCCCAUCAAGAACUUCAGUAUCCCAUGUUCUCCUGAAGGAGUGUGCCAGGGACUGAAUGAGAAAAGGAACCUCUACAAUGCCUUUAGGUAUUUUUUCAUGUACCUGCUGCCACAUCAGGCUCCACCCACUCUGAGGCCCCUGAUUGAUCAGAUCAUGAACUCGACUGGGGAGCUGAAAAGUGAUGUAAGCAAAACCAGGGAGGCCUUUGAGGAGAUCCUGAACCUGUACAAGUCUGGGCUUUACCUGCAGAACCUGCCAUCUUCAGUCAAAGAUUACAUGGCCCUGCCGGGCGUAAGGGCCUCGGGGGGUGGGGUCUACCGCUGCUGGCCCUCAUACAGCCAGAAGGCCUGCGUUCUGUCCGUGCACUGCGCCCGCGAAGCAACCUUCAUCUGCAGCUCACACCCUCAGUGCGCCAGCUUCACCCUCGGAGCCCAGGUUACCUGGACAGGACGGCGGCUGGUCUACUUCAGAACUGGUUUCGCUGAUCUCCUACCAGAUGUGGAUUCCAUGGUGUACAUAAAAAAGCCCUAA